AUGCCCAACACGUUACUCGCCAUGUUCACGAGCGGGGGCCCCAUCAAGUCCGCCGUGAUGCUCGACGCGAUCCGGCGGGACCCGGGCGUCUGCGAGUCGGUCGACGCCGCGACGGGGAACACGGCCCUCCACUUCACGUGCUGCAACGGCGCGCCGGAGCCCAUCGUCCGCGCGCUCCUCGAGGCGUACCCCGCGGCGGCCAAGGUGCGGGACCUCGACGGGAACGUGCCCCUCUUCGGCGCCGUGUCCUGCGGCGCGGAGCCCGCCGUCGUCAAGCUGCUGCUCGACGCGCACCCGGGCGCCGCGCGCGAGCUCGUCGGCGGGCGGACGCCCCUGCACUACGCGUGCUGCCACCAGUGCGCGCCGGAGACCGCGCGGCUGCUCGUCGACGCCUGGCCCGGCGCCUGCGGCGUGCGCGACGCCGACGGCAACGCGCCGCUCCACUUCGCGCUCGUGCGCUCGGCGCGCGCGGACGUCGUCGCGCUCCUAAUCGCGGCGAACCCCGGCGCCUGCGCGACGCGCGGCUUCAUGGGCCGGCUGCCCCUGAGCCUGGCGCUGCUCUACGAGGCCGCGCCGGAGACCGUGGACGCCGUGCGCGACGCCUACCCCGACGCCAUGCGCAACGAGGAGAUCGUCGCGGACUACCGAAACCACGGGAAACUCGCCGACUACGCGCACUGCGCCAAGUGCGAGCCCGAGCCGCCGCGGGCGAGCGGCUGGGAGCGGGGCCACCACAUGUAG